UCAAUCGCGACGGAGUUCGUGACUGCUCCAACUUGGGCCGGCUCGCCGGAAGGCUCAGAAGGCGGAAGGUUACAAAAAGAGCUGACCUACGCCUCGACGGAACUGGGUGAAGCAGCCGCCUCGACGCAUCAGCUCGUCAUCCAAACGCCGAGGCAUUCCGGGGCGAAUAUUUUGCACCCUGCCGCACUCAAGGAACAUUUAGCGAUCCUGAAGGCGGCGACGCAGGUUACCGUACACCUGUUCGAAAUCACGUGGAGGCUGAAAGACAUGUGUUACGCGCUGAACAUACCCAACUUCGACAUGCACUACAUCGACCAGAUCUUCGAUAGUAUCAUACCGUGCGCCAUCAUUACGCCCCUCGACUGUUUCUGGGAAGGCAGUAAACUCUUGGGACCGGAGUACCCCGUCCACAUACCCGGGGCGCAAACGAACAAGCCGGUUCAGUGGACGAAUCUCAAUCCGUCGUGGAUGCUGGACGAGAUGAAGAAACUGCCGUUCGCGUUUCCUUUCAAAACGCUCGAGGAUUACAUGAAGAGGGCAGGGAUAACGAACGCCUACCAGAGCAAGCCGUGCCUCGACCCAACGGACCCGGAAUGCCCGGAAACCGCGCCCAACAAAAAGUCCCAGCAGGUAAGCAAGCCAUGUUGUCUCUUGUAUUUCCGUCGGCGGCAACCUCGCGACCGAUUAAAGGGGCCCGCUGCCCUACAACUCUAAAAAGAAAAACGACGUCUCUUUGCGAAUUUUCUGCUGGAAUACACCCUAUUGAUAACUA